UGAAAUAGAAAAGAUACAAAAUCAAUAAAAGAGUGUGGGUGGAAAAACUUAUUAGAUACCAUUGACUCCGGUAUCUAAUAAGUUCUACCUACUAUUGGAUUUGAACCAAUGACUCUCGCCGUAUGAAAGCGAGACUCUAACCGCUGAGUCAAGUAGGUCAAGCUGAGUCAAGUCAGAGAAAAUAGAAGAAGCCAAAACGCCAAUUCAUUUCAUUUUGUGACUCCUUGCUUCACUCGUUCUUAAAUAAUGAAUUCAAAAGAACAGCCAAACACGCAAGCCUUGGGAUCGGAUCUGACCCUGUGGUCACGUCAGUCACGAGAUCGGUUAUCUCAGAGCUCUUUAUUCCUUCUUCCUCAGCAGCACCUAUUCUUAUUUUCUUCCUGCUCAUAGGUUGACUAAGGAAAAAACGUAGAUUGAAUACUCUUUGGGUCCAAACCCUGUGAUAGGGCUAUAACGUUGCUGCAGCCAUUCGGUUGACUAAUGCUUCUGUAAAACCCUUUUUGAUUUUCUUGGGCAAGGGAUGGAACGGGAGGAAUCAGAGUAAUAUUCAUCUACUCUGCACCCUUUACUACCACAAAGCAAAUCAUCAUCGCACGCCUCUUCUGGAGUCGAACAGCUAGACAAGUCGGGCACGAGCCACCGCUGUACCUAAGGAACAAGACCUCCUCACCGCUCGGUCAAGCUCUAACUACUACACUAGCUGCCGCUUUCAAUCAUUUCUUUGAAGUUUCACUCAUACCCUUAUCUAGUCCGGCACGCAAGGCUCAUGCUGGCUAUAGACCUUAUCCAACUCAACCUCUUCGCCGAGAGUGACAAUAGUGGAAUAGACUUCUUGUGCAGAUGUUUUCUUUCAUUCCAUCAGUUGAGGAUUUAGAAUGAGAAACCGCAUCGAAGGACUACGGAGUUGAAAAAAGAUAUUUCUUAUAUAAGAGAAUGCAUUUUGAAGCAGAGAGACUCAUUUACCAGAAGAAAGCUUCACCCUGACUGGGGGAGUACAAGCGAAGGCAAGAUUGCUAAGACUUAUUCGAUGUUUGGUCUUACGCACAUGAAGUAGUAAGCUUAGUUUCCACAUUAUCCACAUCAGUAAACGAUCCAAAAGCAAACUCUUCCAAAAAAGAGACCUAUUCCACUUAUAAAAUCCUCGCCGAAUGAGAGCUUGUUUCUUUGAUGAAGAAAAGCAUAUUCGGGGAAAUUCUGACUAAAAAUCAUCAUCCAACUACAAAUCAGAAUCAAGGAAUACCCGCCUCUUAUUCCCCAGUGAAUGGAUUGCUGAAACUUCGACGGAGAACAGCGGAUGAGAUCACAUUAUAUACUAGGAUAGUUACGAGCACGAGCUGAUAACCUGAGAAAGCAGAGAACUUCCAUCAACAAGGGGGGAGAACGUUGCUUCACGCUACAUCCCAAAUGGGCAUAGAAGCUGUUUUGCUGUUGUGCUAGAAUAGGGUUAGUUAGUUCGAAUCAAAAGUGGAGGCUAAAACAGAAAAAUUCCCUACUCACUCGAACUACUUCCUUCUUCUACACAAGUAGGCAAGGAAAGCGGAGCUUCCCAUAACCUUGUUCCGACGUCCACUCCUAAACCAAGCCCUUAGUCAAAGUCCAAGGGUCUCACACUAGUAGCUCAGAGAAGCUCAAUUCGAACCAGUCGAAGUAACCCGUCUUCCCUUGCUGCUCGGUUGUCAUAGGAAGUGCGUGGUCAUACUUUCUUCCAAAUACAGCUAACGAAAUGCGAAUGCUUCAACGCACUUUUCCGUUCCACAAGCAGUUGAAGAGCCAGCUCAAGCCGACCCCAAUGGAAAAAGGAAAGAGGAUGCAUUCACACUGACAGGACAUUCAAAGCUAUCCUUCAAACAGCACUUUGAAGUAGACGUCCCUUCCACAAGAAAGCAUAACACAGCCUAAAUGAAAACCAUUAUUGAUAAGGCAGCAGGUUCCAACACACGUCUCGCUGGGGGUCUUUCCUUUCCAGACUUUUGGCUAGCGAGAAAGUCCGGUACGAAAUGAGGAUCUCCCAAUAUAGAAUGUGUGAAGUGAGCGAUCGCACUUGGAGAACAGGGACAGUGUCAAGUGAACGAGAAAAGGCAAACAUGCUAGCGUUCUUGGCCAACCGAUCCCAUGCCAUGCCUUUACUUUUCAAUGUCACUAGGAAGAUUGAUGAAUAACUACUUCCAACUCCUGGGCCUCAUAAAAGGCAGCAAAACCUUAGAUUUACGCAUCAAUUGUGCACAAACCCUGUAAGAGGGAUCAAAAGGACGUUUUCCAGGCUUUUCAUGGCAGCAAAUACGGCUCUUUCUUCACUCUGUUUGGUCCAAGAUUGAUGGUGUUGCAGAUUAUUUAAGUUUGAGUUCUUUCAUUUAUGGAAGUGUAGAAAUGAUUUUGAUUUGAAUGGGGUUAAGUGGGAACCUUCUCGAAUUUUGGAAAGAGGCAUUUUUCAUUUAUAUGAAUGGAAAGGUCAUGAUGUGCAAGAUAAUGCUUUUGAAGUCCGUUAGCCCUCAUGCUCCUGUAAGGUGGUCAGCUCCAGACAUGGGAAGUUUGAAAAUGAAUGUGGAUGCCUCUUUUACUGAGCAUACCAGAUCUUGUGGGGGUGGCUUGGUUCUAAGGGAUCAUGGUGGUAGAGCUAUCAAGGUGGUCACCAUUUUGAUUCAGAAUUGACGUGGUCCAGAAGCUGCUGUUCUUAAGGAGAGCUUCAAGAUUUUGAUGCAUUGGGGGUGAUCGUAAUUGAGGGUGAUUGCACAAACAAGUCAUGGAACUUGAGCCUGUGGACAAUUUAGCUGCUGUCAUCUGCGAAGACAUAAGAUUCUGGAUUCUGCUACAAAUUGGAGAUGGAGUUGGUGUCCUAGAUAUUGUAAUAGGGUGGCUCACAAUUGGAGUCAAUGGGCUAUUCAACAUCAAAAGAGGAGAAGUUGACUAGGAUAUAUGGCCCAGUAGUCACUAUUUUCUCUGAACCAAUAUUGACUUUCUCCUUUUUCUGAUUGAAUGGCAUUAGCUUUUUGGAAAAAAACCAUUCGCAGCCAAAGUGAUAGCGGCUGUAGCAUCCACCGGUAAUGUGUGGAAGGGGGUAAGCUUUCUAUGUGGAUAGGACGUAUCAACACCUUUUGCAUCUUUUAAAGGAAAUAGAUAAGAAGAAUAUUGCGUUGGGUCCUGAGGACCAGAAUGGCCGAAGAUCAAAACCUAAAUCAGGGGUUGAUCAUCGAAGCCAGAGGGCAAUAACGAUGAAGGAAUUUGAGCGCUGAUGUAGCUCUAACAGCCACCUUGAAUAGUCGAUUCAUUAGGGGGUCGUCGCCUUCUACCCAACUAGUGGAAGUAUCCGCCCUUUUCUUUGUCUGUUAAGCCUCACAGCUAUGGGACUUCCUAAAUAAAACUGCAAUCGCUGUUUAUCAACCACUCACAAGACCACCGAGAUCUUCGACUUAGCUCCCAUAAUCCACCCGGCGGCUCUUCCCCAACCUAUACAAUUAGAAUAGGGCGGAAGAUAAUGAAAGGGAGACAAAGUCCUAACUAAAUAAUCACACAAGCUACCCAUGUAAUCUAUCAUCUCAGUCGAGUCGAUCCGAUUCCUUCUUAUCUAUAGAUAACGCAAGAGAGAACUUAUGACCUCGCGGAUGGAGAGGGAUUCGAACCCCCGGUAUUCCUAUCAAUACUUCGGUUUUCAAGACCGACUCUUUCAACCGCUCAGACAUCCAUCCCCUUCGCGCUCCGCCCGCCCUAUCUAUCCGCGCGCUGGCAGGUAGGGGCUUCUCUAUGUGAUUCGCUACGCUUGCUUGCGCCUAUCGGCGGAUUCUAUUGCCUGCCCGCCGAUUAGCAAAACUUUUCCGGUAGUACGAAUCGAUACGCUUGUUUCUAUAUGAUAAUAUGUACCUUGGUUGCUGCGCUCCCUGCGGGUAAUAGCAAGAGAGUGAAGAACGAAUGAUCUUCCAAACAAAAAGAGUGAUUGACUCCGACUCAAGCGAGUGAGUGAAAGGCAUGGCAAGAGAGCGAGUUCGACUCGCGAACGAUCAGCAAGUGAAGGACCGGUCCUUUUGCGCCAAUACUGUUGCGAGACUGGUACUUGGCGGCUCACGAGCAUUUAUUUCAUCACUCCCUCGCUCUUUUUUGAAGGCCUUUUCUAUUCUCUUUCUUAAAGCUCGAAAGCUGCUCAAGACUCUCCCGCGUCGGCAUAGGGCGAUGCUCGGUAAGACCCUUUUCGGUAAUAUAGUAGCAGCCUUUCUCUUUACAUUUUCUUGGCUAUGAGUUAUCUCUUUCCUCUCCAAUUUUGUUCUGACUUCUUCCUUUUACAUUACUAAUGGAUAUUCAAAGUUCUUAGUCUGGUCCCGGAAUAUUAGUAUCUGAGCCCCUCCCCUCAUUUGCAGAAAGCUUUUCAAAGCAAAGAAGAGCAUUCCCUAUAAGGUUCGGGUCAAUAUCUGGCCAAGAAAGCCUUAUGAAUGAAAUGCAAGACAAGUUCAUAGCUAGAUAAAAGAAAGAGGGAAGUCUUCUUAAUUUGUUAAGAAUUUAUCCCUGAACUUAGGGAAAUGCGCAAAGCUCGCUUUUUCGUCUUUGCCCGCCUCUUCUUCACCAGCAGUAGAGGCUGGAGCGUACCUACCCGGCAAGGGAUGAGCCGACUACGAGUCCUGUUCGAGUACUGUGUGUUUAGGCCAAACCAAUCCUCUUUGAUUGCUGUGAAGGGCUUCUAGAAUCAGACUCUAGAAUGCAGUUGAGGUCAAAGCAUCGAAUCAGAGAAUGGAAGGCGCAGAGUCUUCAGACACGCCCAACUCUCAGGAUUUGGGCUCUUUUUUUUGGCCAGAAGCGGGUAAGAAUGACUUAUAUAGGGGCACUAGUGGAUUCACAUGCAAAAGAUGAAACCUUGAUUUCCGAAAAGUCUGGAAUGGAGAGGGCAGUCAAGCACGAAGCAAAUCGGCAUAAUAGAAGGCAAGUGUCUUUGCCAAUGGGGGUUGUAAGUAGGGAUCAAGAAGUGGCAAGAGAGCGAGCAAGAAGGCAUUCCAUGUCAAAACCAAAGCCCAAACCUAAUCGGACCGUUCUUGCCUUUGAGAAUAUCGGACUUGGCUCCUGCUUUCCCGUGAACAAGAAUCAAUAAAAGAAAGAAAAGGGAAAGUUGCAUGUGUGGUAUUCAUCUAGCAUUCUGCCUUUUCAUUUAAUUUAUUCCACACUCAGUCCUCUCUUAUUCUCAAACUGACUGCUCAGGUGGAAGGUACUAUUCUGUUCUGCUUGAUCGCCUCUUUCGGUUUGAUCGUUCACUGCCCUUUGCUUUGAGGGAAAGACAAUCCAUUUCUUAGCUGAAUUUUAGGAGCUAAGGAAGAAUUGGAUAGCGAACAAACUAUCACAAUCUCUCACGUGCAUAAGACUUUCACCCAUUCUUUUGGAAUUCAUGCAAUCACUCUGAACCAAUAUCAUAAUAUGAUAAUAUAUAGUGGUAUGGAAGCAGUUCUGCCAUUAGAAGUCGAAAUCCACCCUCAGCAAAUGGAAAGAAACUUACAGAAGCCAAGUGACCCUCCCGCCGUAACAUUCGUGUUUGGGAAGCCCUGCACUACCAAACUCCAGAGAAGAAACCCGAAGGCAAAGAAAGAGGGGAGCUUACCACCGGCCACAGGAGUGAGAUAGGCCGAAAUUGGCUCAUUUUGGUUGUAUUUUUGAUCUUGGGAAUCAAAGCAAGGUUUGUGUGGUUUAACCCCUGGAUCAUUUGGCCAGACAAGUUGAAAGAUGGAACUCCUGGACCUUUGCCAGUGAAUAUUGGAGCCUUAUUACCCGAUUCCAAGGAAGCCUACGGCUCCCUUGACAGAAGACUUUGCUAAACUUCCAUAACCUUGUUUGUCGGGCUCUCCCGGUCGCUCGGGCCGUUGUACCUUUUGAACUCAGCAAUUCUUUUCUCCGCUAAUCGCCCCUUCCAUGGGCCGGUCUAACCUUCUAACCUAAUUGAACAUAUAAAUCUGUAUUUUAGAUAGAUGGCAUUUAGGUGAAGUUUGUUCUAUAAGUCUCAUGCACGCGCAGCAUAGGUCAAUUCUCCGUCUGAGUAAAGUAAACCACUAGAUCCAUUUCUUUGAUUAGCCAACGUACGUACGCCCGCUAGCCAUAAAGCACAAGACGGGAUCACAAAAUAGAAAUAAAUAUGUUAGAUCCAAGCUCCCCCUCCGCAUCUAGAAUUGCUGUUGAAUCUGUCCAGCGAAUGGGACCAGCCGAAUGAACAUCUUAUUACAAUAGCUACAGAAGGGAUUCCAUCGUCGAACUUGGAGUUCAUUGCUCGUCGAUAAUUCGAGAAAUUCUUUGCUCCAGUGGAAGCAUGGAGUUUAGUUGCACAGCAUCUUAGGUUUAGGGAGAGCCUAAGCCUAGCUCGGAGCACAGGGGGCGUAAGGUUUACAUUAGUAAAGAAGACUACAACAGCAUAGCCGAAAAGAGGUCAAGCCGAUAGGACCCACUACUCUUUCGAUCGAUGGCCUGACCUUACUGGCUAGAGCAAAGCAAGAGUAUAGAAGAUCGAAUCAAGAGAGGCGAGCAGGCGCUCAUAUAACCCUCGCGCAGAUAUGGAAGUGUGCCGUGCUUGCUCGCUUGUUUACGUUAAAUUCCUUAUUCACCACCACAUUAGGAAAGAAACUCAAGCACUGGAGAUUGACUUAGGGCACUAGCUGACUACGAGGCUUCUUAGUUCGACCGCCUACUAAUCAAAGAGGGGUAGGUAGUAGGUGGAAGGCUCUUUCUCGAAACAGAAUUGCUGCAUCUACUAUGAGGCUUCCCUUUUGAUGUGUUAGCUGAGAAGCUUUGUCUGUAUUGGGUGUUUUCUUACCUGUCUCUUCCCAACAAUCAUACAAGAAAAAUGGGCUAAGGUUGGAGUGAUCUAAUUCGAUUACCAAUGCCUCUAUACCAACCAAAUCAGAAUGUCGCGGUCUCUCAUUGGAUGUUGUGUAGACAAAGAGCCAGUAAGGUCUCCAUUUCCUUUGAGUAGUGGUCGAUCAAUUUCCGAACCAGCUGAAGUUUUCCCUAAACAAGCAGGUUCAGACCGUUCCAUCUUUCUUUCUCCAGCUUCGGCCAUACCUAGUCUACUGAGCAUUACAAGCAAACAAUCGGUACCAAUAAGAGAAAGUCAAAGGUAGGAAAGACCCAUAUUCCGCUCAUAAGCCUAUACCGCUUCCUCCGCUCCACUUCCUUCCUAUAUUAGUGUGCCUGGGCGCUUGAGAUUGACUAGCCCACAAGACGAAUGAUGAAACAAAAACCAAGUUUGUUGCUGAAGUUCAGAAGAAGCAUCUGGUCCCAUAUCUCACUUUCUUCGUAAGGCAGGUGCCGGUGGAGUCAAAGCCGUAUUAUCUGUAGCCUGAUCGCACUAACACAUUAGGGAGAGGACGGGCCUAAAGGCGUAACGAUAUAGGCACUGUCUCGGGCAGAGGCGAGGCUAUCAAAGGUUCUAGCUUCAUUUCCUACUUUGUAGAAAAUUCCCUUGAUUCGUACACUUUAUUUAAGAGCAUACCCACGCGAUUUACAUUUCUUUAUAUUUGACCCGUGGUCUUCAUGCAAAAUAGG